CUGCUCCCAUCACUGUGCGCGAGUUUUCUCUCCGUUGACGACCUAUUGUACCCGUACGUCGCCGCUCAAGUUAUAACACACGUCGCUAGCCAAAGUCGCUGCCUGCAAACUAUAUACCAAUAUUAUGCAUUUGACAUAAUGUAGUAGUUUUCAUGGAGUUCAUCAAUAUACAGACUUGCAUUUAAAUGGAUACAGAUACAACGGCUAAAACUUCGAAAAGGAUAUAUUUUCAUGAAUUUCAACAAAAUGUGUUAUGGUUUGAUGAACACAGAACAGUACUGUCUGGGACGUUUAAUAGUGACUCAUUUCUUGUUGUUGUGGAAUACAUGCACCAGCCUUUUUGUAACCAUUUACGCGGGAGCUGAGGGUUUUGUUUUUAUCAAGCCAUAUUGAUUGUCAAAGUCGAGAUAGGAGCGAUUCUAAGAUGAUGGAUCCCGAUGAUUUUACUCUGAUGUAUAGGCCUACUGAUGCGACGAAAGAGGCCGAGUUUUCUUACUUUACAUCAGACAUCCAGGAUGUACAAAGCAAGAUAAAGAGGAAGAGUUAUUUUAGAACAUCAUCUUCUGAGAAGAGUCUCCUCUGCCUAUAUUCAGCGAAAGGAGAGGAAUUUAUGAGGUAUAAACCUCGUGAAAUCACCAGGAUUUCAGAGCCCGACAAGAAAUAUCUCUGCGUGGAAUAUGGACCUAAGGUUGCACCUAUGUACAUGCUACUUGAUUUCAACGAUUCAAGUGAAUGCAUGGAUGAGUGGGAGAGUGCUCUCCGUAUAAUGAUGGGAUUGGAAACCCCAUUCCGUGAUAGAAGCAAAUCAGCGAGUUUGAUGCGUAGACCUUCAACCAACAAAACUAAGAGAGCCAUAUCGACAUUUCAGCCAACCAAGAAACCCAUAAACACGAUACUUGAAAUUCCGGCGGAAAAUGUCCUUCGUCAACCAUCGGAGGACGAAACCGACGUCGAAGCACGAUUCACCGCCACGACCACGGAUAGUCAGUCCUCAUUGGAUGAGGAUACACGGGACAGAGCGAGCUCCGACAUCGACAACGUGUCGAUGACGGGUUCGGAGGAGUUAUCGCCGUUCAGUAGUUUGAAGUCUGUUGGAGAAGAUGAGCCUUUCACAAGGGAGAACAAACUUACAUUGUUGCUAGAGGAACGAGGGAAGAAAUCCGUGGACCAUGAAGUUUCCAUCGAUGAAUUACAAGGACUCACUCUGUCUGACUAUGCGGGACGUGUCUGUGUCAGUGAUGUUGGAGCUGCUACCCCUCAUGCCAUCUACAUCGGAGACAUUUUACAACAAGUGGACUCCAAGAACAUCGGCACGGCACAAGAAACUAUGAAUCUUAUCCGAAGCCUGAAAGAGAAGCCGACUCAGUCUCUCGAAUCAAAGAUCCUUGUGCAGCUAGAACGUUUUCCAAACGGCAAUGUCUGUGUGAUUAGACCAGAAGUAAGGAGUUUGCAUCAACUUGGGAUAGGUCUUGAAGGAAGUAAGAUCACAUCCACACUGGGAGAAUUCAGGAGGGCAUGUGACCCAGCUUGGGUAUUCUUCAAAGGGGAAAGAUCAAGUAGAUCAAUAACAGCCAUCAACGAUCACUCAGUCUCGCUCUUUGCAACCACACAGGAAGUGACUGAGCUGAUCAAGAGUGCCUUGGAUGAGGAGAUGUCUAUCAUUGUGUUCCAUGUUCAUCCAACAGAGUUCCUCAAGGAACUAACUUCAUCAAGCAGUACAAACCUAUGAAGAACCCCAUCAGUCCAAGUCAAAGGCAAAGGCACACCGCCCGGCCCCCCCUUCCCACUCAGUGUUAUUUAGGGUA